AUGGAUUUUGCUUUUCGCAAGAGGCAGCCGACGUACCGCCUGUGGCAGCCCUUCCGGGGUGGGCGGCUACACGUUGUCUUCCAGGGCAUAGGUUGGACGCUGUUCUCGGUGUUGGUGAUACAAAAGAUGAUGGAUUGGGUGGAUGCCGAUGUGUCAGACAUCAUGGAGCAGCUGGCCUACCUCAAUGACCAUCGCAUGAAGGCAGCUUUUGCUUUGGUCGCCCAGGUGACGCUGGGGCUCAGCGUGCUGUUCUUCAAGAGUGCUUCCUGGGAGAAGAAGAGCUGA